AUGAACACUGUUAAAUCUUUCUGGGUUGGAAUGGGUUCGCUUUGCGUUGCGGGCGGCACGGCCUACUUCUUCGCAAAGAGACAGAUCAAUGAAGACCGCGCAGUUCGCUUUGAGGCCGAACGCCGACGCCAGAAGAUGCAGAACGACCUCGAAUACGCCAGCAAAUUCGGCAACCCACCAGCGACUGAUUCCGCCGAAUCUGCGAAGAGGGAUGCGAUUGCGAAAGGGGAUACUGCGGGGUCGCCGAGUCGAGAAAUCAACUCAGACCCUGCAACAAAGAGCAAAUACGAACCAGAGCAAAAGCCAAUCGACAUGGCGUCGCAUCAGCUCGCCAUCGCGAAGGCGUCAUUUUCUGCAGGUCUCCUGCGACCCGAUCCCACCUCAUUAUCCCGAGAUGAUAUCGCACACUUUCAUUCUCUACUCAAUUCAGUCGUUGUACAGUGCACACGCUUAAACGUCCAGAAAUGCAAGCAUUGGAUAUUAGAGAAUACUAUCCAAUCUACGGCAAGGUCAACAGCGCUGGGGAAAUACUUGACAGCAUUAGCAAAUUCUUUCGCUGAAUCUACUCGAACGGAUACAACUACAAGGCGCGAGCCAUCCACCAAGCGGAAACGCCUUCACCUACUAUAUCUCAUCAAUGAUCUUCUUUACCACGCAAAGUACCGAGUCAACGAUGCCUCGGUUUGCAGCAAGGUCCAGCCAGUAUUGGUCAAUCUGUUUGGGAGCGCAGCGUCUUUCAAGAACUGCCCAAAACACCAACAAAAAAUAUCGGAUAUCUUAACAAUAUGGGAGGAUAAAGGGUACUACGCCAAGGAUUAUAUUGGGAAGCUUAGAGAGGCUGUCAAGAAUGCCUCGGAAGCUGGGGAUUUUGCACCAGGAGGUACCGGGACACCUGGAAAUGGUAACCAGGCUUCUACCACAAAGCUCGCGAAGUCAGCGCCAUUUGUCCUGCCAGCUAUGCAUGGAGAUCCAUCCACCCCCUGGUUUGAUUUGCCAGCUGGAAACCUCAUGCCCGCCAUUGUACCAAACUCAACUAGGCCCAUCAAUCCGGAUAUGAUAAAACCCAUGCAGUUUGUUGCCGGACCAGCUAGCGAGGACUUGGUCCAUGCUGUCAAGGCUCUUCUAGAGAAUGUACAAUCGAUUUAUGGGAUAGAAUCUAAGGAAAAUGAGGGAGUGUCUGGAGACAUCGAUGAGCUUGGGCAGCGAAUCAUACUCGAUGAGAUAACUGGGGAUGUUCUAGAAGGCGAGGGAUAUUAUGGCUGGUCGCGGGGGUUCUGUGAGAAAAUAAAGCGACGGAAGAAGGGUCUGGAUAGGCCAGGAGAAGGCCGUGACAGAAGGAGUCGGAGCCGAAGCUCAAGUCGAGGAAGAAAGCGAGGGCGCAGCGACUCGGAAUCAAGUCUCGAAGGGUACCGGCCUAUGCGGCGUCGACAUUCAUACAGCUCCUCUCGCUCACCCGAAUCUGACCAUGGCCGGAAUGGAGGCCAUCGCCCAAGAUCAAGGGAUCGAUCAUACUCCAGGUCACCUCAACGGUCACCUAAUCCACAGCAGGCGAGUUCGUACUCAAGAGAAGCGCAGCCUCCCUCAGGUCGAGGCAAUGGGUUCCCGCCUCCACCUCCACCUCCAAUAGGUGGGAAUCACCUGCCCCCUCCGCCUCCGCAAGUACCGUAUCCAGGAUUCAAUCCUAAUUUUCCUCCUCCGCCGUCGUUCAAUGGUUCCGCUCCACCACCAUUUGGCUCAUGGCCACCUCCACCACCGCCUAUGCAUUUCAAUCAGCAAAGUCCGUGGCCAAUUCCGCCGCCGCCUCCCGGAAACCCACCUCCACACAUGAACUACCAAACACCUGGAGGAUUUCCACCAAAUGUACCUGGCGGGUGGCAGGGCGGUGAUGGGAGAGGAUACAACAAUAACUCAUGGAACAAUGGACACCGGGGAGGCAGAGGAGGAAAUUAUCGUGGCAGGGGCUGGUCUUAA